GUUUCGUUUUUAACGUACGCGCGUCAAGACGCAUAAGCAACAGCUCGAAAUAUCAAACGCAUUGCCCAAAACGAAUUUUCAAUACAAAACACAAGUGUGUGACCAGAGUCGGCGAAUUCAAUUCGUGUAUCCAAAAAACCCAACCAACCCACCUUUAACCAGCCACCGUCUUAGUAGCCGCCAAGAUGUCGCACUCCGUGACCAUAACACGCACCACCACCAGCACCACCAACACCUCCUACAUUGUGCUCAACACGGGCUACAUCAAGACCUUUCCGGGUAUACUCAAGCUCUUCCAGCUGCUCAUCGGCAUUGCUGUGGUGACCCUGAUGGCGAUCCGCUUCCAUGACAGCCCCUACUAUCGUGGAGAGCAGGACUUGUUCCACUUCCUGAUGGCCACAACAUUUAUGAUAGGGACAUUUUGUUUAUUCCUUGCGUGCCUCACAUCGCUGAGCACGGGCGGGCUCAUCGCCAAGACAAUCUAUGAGCUGAUCUAUCAUAGUGUUGCGGCCAUACUGCUGCUCGCCUCGUCCGUCUGUCUGCUAAUUAAGCUGCGCGAUGGCAGGAAUGAUUCCUAUAUGGCGGCCCCAAUCCUGGGCCUGGUCAAUACGGUGCUCUACUUCAUAAGCGCAUUCCUGGCACAUCGCUCAUAUCGCGGCAUUUAAGCGACACAAUCGCUGGCAUUUUGCAAACGAGCAUCGAAAUCUAACACAAACAGAUCAUCAGAAUCAGAAUCAGAAUCGGAUAUAGCUACAGCUAUAGUCAAUUACCGCACAAGCCAUACAGAGGAGUCUCUUUGUUGUACUGUUAAAUAAAUUGUGUUACACACUCGUACUACCUAA